CGCGCAUCACGCGUUAGUUUUCCCAUCUGGCAUCGCCUGCCAGUGUCCCAUGUGCCCGUGCUUCCGUCUUUCUGAUCUUCUGCUGCAUUUGCUCUCUUCCCGCUGCAUUCUCUCUCCCACUACAUUCUCUUUCUUUCUUUUUUUGGUUUUUUUUGGGAUAAUGUUGCUCUAUCACUUAUCCGCAUCCUCUGGAACCUGGUACAAAAUUUUGUUGACCUCCUCCUUUGUUGUAAUAGGCUUUCUUCUUCAUCUCUUUUUUGGGAUAAUGUUGCUCUAUCACUUAUCCGCAUCCUCUGGAACCUGGUACAAAAUUUUGUUGACCUCCUCCUUUGUUGUAAUAGGCUUUCUUCUUCAUCUCCGGUGAGAUCUUGUGCUUUCUUCUUUCUCUCCAACGGAAUCCGCAGUAGAAGUUUCUGAACUGAAAAAGGAAAGCUAAUCUCAGGGAGAUAGAUAGAAGAGAAGGUACGACGGCGUCCAAGAUGCAGAGUAUCGCGGUUCUUCAGACCGAGAAUAACCUUGCAACCGGAGCUUUGUGGAAAUUGUGGCUCCUGUUUUCUCGCGGGAUGCUUGGCGAUGUGUUUGGCAUAUGAUUCAGAAUGAUUUGGUGCAUGGUUGGGGAUUGGAUUUUGCGCUAAGGAGAUGUGUGGAGCCUGCACAUGAGAAAAUUGAUGUGGUUGACUCUCAGUGGAUAGUUCAUCAAGUUAUUCCUUCUCUGGGAAGUCAGGGUCAAUCUGAAAAUGGAAAAGCUCCUUGGCAAGGGGUAAGAGAGAGGUGCAGAAGUGAGUGGGUGCAGUUUCAAGAUCGCCUAGCCAAUGCAGAUAAGAAAUAUAUUGAACAGUUUGGGAGAACGAGGUAUUUGAACAACAGAAAGUUUUGUAUCCUUUUAAGUUUUCUUGCAUUUGGCUCUGAUUGGAAAAGAAAUAUAGAGACAUUGGAGAAAAAUAGUGUAACCAGUCUGAGGACAUUGAUCAAUCUUGGUUCUGAAGUGUACAUGCAAGCUGAUGUAAUGCUGAACUGACUGCUCAUGUGGCUAAGCAGUAAAGAGGAAGGAAUCUGCUGUCCUAUGUUAGGCAUUGUCGUUUGAUUAUGAGUGCAGUUUCAUUGGAUGUUUUUUAGUUAAUGUGUAUUAUGUAGUUAUAGUUGUUAGAGGACUCAAGCACAGAAAUUCUGUAAUAGCUAGGUUGUUGCCAUUUCAGUUUGUUGCCAUUCUGUAAUAGCUAGGUAUGUAUUGAUCAUAUAAUUUCUGAAGCAUUCUUGAUGGGAGAAAAAGACUUUGGGGUAAAGAAUCAAGAAAUCAUAUAGAGAACAAAGUUGAAAUUAAUGUAAGACGAGACCAUACAGCUUUCCUAA